CGGGGUGUGUUGGGAUUGAACGAGGGUUAUCGACUAGCCAGAUCGUUGUCUGUGGAGGAGGGGAAAACGAGUGCGGAAUUCGCGAGCAAAUAGUGUUGCACGGAGGGAGGAAGGAAGGAAGGAAGGAGGGAAAGAAAAGGGAAUUGAAAAAGGGUGUGGGAGGAGGCUGUGUUUUAAGAAAGAAGAGCGUCUGCCUGCCUUCCCGCGCCCCUAGGUGGCUUGCAUGCAUGUAUGUACAGCUCUCUUUCUUUUCGCAACAUUGGCCAGCCAUCCACCAUCCAUCGUUCUAUCCAUCCAAUCCCGUAUCACACACACCGAAUGUUAUUGUUAUUAUUCGACGGGGCGCUUCGCCCCUCGCCACCCUUACUCUUACAUACAACCGUCACCCCCUCCUCCUCCACUUCCUCCUCCUCGUCAUUCUCCACCUCCACUUCCUCCUCCUCCCCGUAAUCCUCCUCUUCCCCCUCCUUCCCCUGCUUCUCCUCCUCCCUUCCUCUCCCCACGGCGCGGGCAGCAGGUACUCUACUCUACUCGAGAUUACCUACCAGUAUACAGGCAGGCAGCUCGAUCUACCUACUCCACUAGUACUUACUCCACCUAGGCAGGCAAGCAGGUGUCUAUCGGUCCCACACGUUUUUUCAGGCGGCUGCAGCCUGCCAGGUAUCAGAUCCCAGUCCGAUUCAUGCGGUGGACCUUCUGAUAGGGUGCACGCCCGAAUACAAAGUAUCGAGUCUAUCGCGAACCGAAAUUGCCUCGCUUGGCGUGUGUGCGGAUUUCCAGAGCUCGCUCUCGAGUUUCUUCUUGCCGCCCGCACGCGCGCACUCGUGUGUAAAAUACAUAAAGAACCUGUUCUCCUCGCACGCGGCAUCGGCGAGUUGAUGGCUACAACACAGCACAGCAGGAUGUAUGUACCCACCCACCUCACCGACUUGACUUGACUUUCCGGUGACUGGCUGCCGGUUUUGGACGUGGGUUACCGAGCCGAACCGACACGUCUGCCACCAAUC